UUUACGUAUGUGUGUGAGGUCUGGGUUUCAUUCUGGGCUUUGUUGUUGUACUGAAGAAAUAGGCUGUUUACUUCAUUGUGCAAGAUUAUAUAUUUCAUUGGUUACUGUUUGGACAUUUCAACUAUGAUUUCUGGAUAUCUUCAGCGCGUGCAUCGAGAAUGAAGAAUUUUUUUUUCUUCAAAUCGCUCAGUUCAGCUGACAGUAGGCUUCAUUUUGGGGUCCUAUAAACGUUUAGAGUUGAAAUACCCACCGCUUAUAAACAUGCCUCAUAAACACGUUGGUAUAUUCGGGACGUGGGACCUGAACUUUUGGACGCCACCCGAGGAGCUCUUCAAGAGCAAACUGGAGAAGAAUCCCAUCCAUCCCUUCACGGAGACGUCUCCCGAUCGUUUCGAGGUUUCUCUUCGUUCACCCUGGCUCUGGAUCUCCUCCAUCUGUCUUCUUGCCACGUUCUUCGGCACGGUGGCCUACUAUGCGACCAACCCCUUGGACCAGUUUCUGACCUACUUCGUCAUGGGUUUUAUGGCGUGCGCGUAUUCAACGUUCGUGUACUCUGAUGUCCGGCGGAUUGUACUGGACACGACCAGGAACGAGUACGAGUUUCACACGGGCAACCGAUUGGUGUACCGUGGCCACAUCCAUAAUGUCUACAUCAGACUGGUCGGUCAAAAGAGUGGGGCCGGUGACACCUACUACAAGAUUGUCUUGAACGGUUUUCAUCUGGAGGAGCAGGCUCUGACGUCAUCCAGCAUCCGGAGGCACAAGCUGGAGAAAUUGGGCCGCAAACUGGCCACAAGACUCAACCUGAACUACUUCGACUUUGUUGACGAGUCUGUGAAGCACGUGGUGCGGCACCGCUGCCCCUACGCCUCACCGGACCAGUCGGUGGAGAGUCUGUCUCAGCUUGCCUAAGAUGGAGUCGCGGCCUUUAGGCCUACCUUUAAUCAGCUUGUUUGUCUGUUUUAGCCCCUUUAAGACUACACCUUGAUAAAGGAGCUUCUAUGAACAUGCUCGGUUGUACACAUUUCUGGGGUGAUGAACUGCCUACUUGACAAAUACGUAAAAGGCUUUUAAAUUUCUUUCAAUUUUGCUGACGGCUCGAGAUCGUUUGUGUGUAUAGGCAAAGAUAGCGCCGUCACUUAGCUGCCGCCACUUAGCGUUAGGUCCUGAUGAUACCGCUCACUCACUAGUCGUUCGUAUCUAUCGAGAUGAAACGGGUCAUAGAUGUAGUAAAUGCCGCCUUAUUUAUCACGAAGGUUGAGUCCACAAAGGUUAAUUCAAGAGAUAACAUACUCGUCACGCCUGCUUUUUAUCUUCAUUUCAACCUUGCCAAAACAUUAUGAAAUUUGGUCAUACGCUAGUGUUUGUCUUAUGGAUGCGUUGAAGCUUGAGUGAGCAACUUUCUCCAUGUUUGCUGUGUUCUUGAUAGAUUAUUAAAUAACAUAGUCUGGGUGCUUUAUCAUCGGCGUAAAGUUUUCAAGUGCCGCUUCUUCUUUUUUACAUUCUAACUUGGUAAUAGUUGGUAAUUUAUAGAUUACAGAAAAAUACAACUUCCCUCCAAAAUAGAGGUUUAAGAUGUAAGUACGGUACCGUUUGCUGUCUUAUUAAAGAGCGGUGGGUGCCUUUAUAUGAACGGUGCGAUUUAGUAUUUUAAAGUGCAGUUUAUAUGCUAACAUACUGCUUACUUGUGAUGCUCCAAGUGAUGUCGGGUGCCUCUAAAAACCAGAAAAGGAAACUAGAUUUCGAAAAAUACAAUUUCCAUUCGAAAUUACAGAUAAAUUAUAGACAUGUAAUACCGAAAGUGCUGAACAAAGUCACUGAGCAGCAGAUGUUGGUUUAUCCUAUUUUAUUUUCCCCAGCCGAACACAAAAAAAUUUAUGCAUUUCUGUGUCGCUUUAUAAAUAUGUUGGUAGUGUUGAUACAAUAAUAUACACAAAUAUGUUAAUAACACAAAAUAAAUGUAAACAGUGUACAUUGACAGGCAGAACUUUGUUUAAAAACCUCUGCCUGUAAAAAACGGAUCUUAAAUUUUAUAUGACACUUAAAGGUGUCAUAUAAAUAAGACCCGGUUGUUUAGGUUUUUGUAAAUAGAAAUAAAGGAAAAUAAUUGGGGACAACCAU